GUCUGAGGGCGGAGAGCCGCUGCCGGAGCGCGUCGCUGUCCGUCCAGCAUGCAGUUGCAGCGUCAUUGUGAGAGUGAAUGAAGUUCGGCUUUCUCCUCAGAAAUCACAGAGAAGGACCCAGAACCGCGCCCAGGCCCACCGCCCCGCUUCGCCACAGCCCCGCCAGACGGAACCAUGCCUGUGUUCACAGUGAACGUGAAAUGGGGGAAGGAGAAGUUCGACGCUGUGGAGCUGAACACAGAGGAGCCGCCCAUGGUGUUCAAAGCCCAGCUGUUCGCUUUGACGGGCGUUCAGCCAGAGAGACAGAAAGUCAUGAUAAAAGGGGGAACCCUGAAGGAUGACGAGUGGGGAAACAUCAAGUUAAAAAAUGGGAUGACAUUCCUGAUGAUGGGUUCUGCGGAUGCUCUGCCCGAGGAGCCGGCUGUGAGGCCAAUGUUCGUGGAGGACAUGACGGAGGAGCAGCUGGCAUCAGCUAUGGAGUUGCCGUGUGGACUGACAAACUUGGGCAACACCUGCUACAUGAAUGCCACCGUGCAGUGUCUUCGCUCUGUGCCUGAGCUUAAAAGCGCUCUGAGGAGAUAUUCAGGUGCACUGCAGUCAUCAGGAGCCAGCGCGCCUUCCCAGUACAUCACAGCAGCUAUGCGGGACCUGUAUGAGUCCAUGGAUAAAACCUCCUCCAGCAUUCCUCCCAUCAUCCUGCUGCAGUUCCUGCACAUGGCCUUCCCACAGUUUGCUGAGAAAGGAGAGCAGGGCCAGUACCUCCAACAGGAUGCCAAUGAGUGCUGGGUCCAGAUAAUGCGGGUCCUUCAGCAGAAGUUAGAACCUCAAGAACCUGAAACCCCAAUGGAGACAAGUGAAGGUGAGGGUGGAGCUGCAGCUUCAACAACAAAGAAGAACUUCAUUGACCAGUUUUUUGGGCUGGAGUUUGAGACUACUAUGAAGUGCACGGAGGCGGAGGACGAGGAGCCCACCGAAGGCUCUGAGAGUCAGCUGCAGCUCAGCUGCUUCAUCAACCAGGAGGUCAAAUACCUGGCAACCGGCCUUAGAUUGCGACUACAAGAAGAAAUCACGAAGUUUUCACCAUCUCUACAAAGAAACGCCCUGUAUCAUAAAUCGUCUAAAAUCAGCCGCCUGCCUGCUUACCUGACUGUUCAGAUGGUUCGCUUCUUCUACAAAGAGAAAGAAUCUGUUAAUGCCAAAGUCUUAAAGGAUGUGAAGUUCCCCCUCAUGCUGGACGUGUAUGAACUCUGCACUGCCAAACUCCAGGAGAAAAUGGUGUCUGUGCGGUCAAAGUUCAAGGACAUGGAGGACAAGAAGCUGGAGAAGCUGCAGCAGAAGAUCGAUAAGAAGAUUGAAGCCCCCAAAGAAGUGAAACAUGAGGCCUUUUCAUUUCCUGACGAUCUGGGCUCCAACAACAGCGGUUAUUACGACCUGCAGGCCGUUCUGACACAUCAGGGCCGCUCCAGCUCCUCUGGACAUUACGUGGCCUGGGUCAAGAGGAAAGAAGACGAGUGGGUGAAGUUCGAUGACGAUAAAGUGAGCGUGGUGACCCCGGAGGACAUCCUGAAGCUGUCCGGAGGCGGAGACUGGCAUAUAGCCUACGUGCUGGUGUACGGGCCGCGGCGCCUGGAGGCUCUGGAGCAUGGGAAGCAGUAGCGGCGGUAGCCCGAGAAACGACAACCAAGCCACCACACGUACAUAAAUGCCAUUUCAAAGCACUGUCUGCAUAGAUGUGCAAUAAAAACCCUGGUGUCUUUCAAAUCUGACCUUAAUUAUCUGCAGAGUCAUCUUCGUACAGCCGCGCAGAGCCACUGCUGUGUUGGUUGGGGCUGUGUUGUGGUUGUUUAUCAUUAUUUUUAUUUUUUUCUAUUAUUUUUGGUUCUCCCUACCCCAUGGAUUGGAGGCAAUCAUUGAACUUGAUCUUGGGUUUGAGGGAGGAGUGUUGGAAAAAGGUUAUUUCCUAGUUUUCAUAAACGUUUUAUAUAUACAUUGUAUAUUUUUUAAAGCGCAAGACCAGGCGUUCAUGCUUAUGUGCUCUCAGCAGUCGUUAGUGAGCUGGUGGUGGAGGGAUGAACCCAACUGUGGGUGGGUUUCCAAACUAAGGUGGAAAAUGAAUGAGAUUUGUGGGUUGGGGUGUCAAAGUGACCUCAAAACUCCUGAAAUAGGUGCAUUUUUGUGUGCUUGAUGUGACGAUAUAGAAAACUAAAACACCUCUCACUUCAUCAUCUGUCCACUGAGCUUCAGCCACCGUUCAUCUGUUCCUGACCACCCUGCCUCAACUGCAAAGAACAAAACAACAAAAGCUGAUAACUUCUUUGUUAACUUAUUGACUGCUGGCUUUUCAUAAUUGGUGAUGAAUUUAAAAAAAAAAAA